AUGUCGUCAGAUGAAGAAGAACGCAAAUUGAAAAAGUUGAUUUUCAAAAAUCCAGUGGAAGUGCAAAAAGCCCGAUUGGACCGGUUGAUGAACAAUCCCGAGAAAGCUGUGUUUAUACCGGAGAAAAGAGAUGCCAAAUUGCCACGAGCGUUUCAGCCGCAUGAAUACGUGCGGAAUGUGAUGGGUGCAAGUGCCGGUGCUGGAUCAGGAGAGUUCGAUAUUUAUCGUGGUUGCCGACGUCGACAAAUGAUUCGAGAAGCAUUCCUUCAUCGUGAAGCAAAAGAGAAAGAAGCGAAUGAGCAAUGGCUAAAUAAAGUGGAAACUAGCAAGAACAAAGCUGAAAAUCAAACAGCCAAAAAACGAAGAAAACGUAUGAAACGAAAGCAGAAUAUGAAGAAUAAGAAAAACACGAAUGGACAGAAAUCCAAUAAAUCUGAUGAAACGGAUUCUUCUUCAUCGUCAGGUUCAGCAAGUGAGGACGAAGGCGAAAAGCCGUCAAACGUCGAAGCAGUUGUAUUAGAAACUCCAGCCGUGCAAAAAGAAGAUAAUCAGUCCAACAAGGAACCCUCAUCACCAGUAAAGCAGAAACAACAACAACAACAGCAGCAUCAUGAAAAAACAGACGUUCGUAAACAUCUACGACAUCGACAAGAUAGUUCAAGUGACGAGGAGCAAAAAUAG